AUGAGUUCCAUCUCUGGUUUGGAGGAAGCUGUGGAAGAUGAAUUUAAUUCGUUUUUCGAAUCUUCUCCACCUCUGAAGAACAUGGAUAAGAUCUUAGAGACGCUUAAUCGCUUCAUCGAGCUAAAUUCUUCGUCGCAAGGAGCAAAUGGGGAAGGGAGAAGGAUUGUGUGUGUGACUUCAGGAGGAACAACGGUACCUUUGGAGCAACGAUGCGUCAGAUACAUCGAUAACUUCAGCUCCGGAAACAGAGGUGCUGCUUCUACUGAGAAUUUCGUCAAGGCUGGAUAUGCAGUGAUAUUUCUGUACAGGAGGGGAACUUGCCAACCGUAUUGCCGGUCUCUUCCCGAUGAUCCAUUCCUUGAAUGUUUCGAGUUUCCUGAUCAGACAAACAUUCAAGUUCAUACAUCACAUUUGGAAGCUGUGAAGAGUGCUGUUCUGGAACAACAAACUGCGAUAGCAGAAGAUCGGUUGCUAAAACUCCCAUUCUCAACUAUAUAUGAGUAUCUUCAGAUGUUGCGGUUGAUUGCAAAUGGAUUGAAAGAUGUCGGUCCAUGCUCAAUGUUUUAUCUUGCUGCUGCUGUCUCCGACUUUUACGUGCCAUGGAACAGCAUGACGGAGCACAAAAUAGAAUCAGGAUCUGGCCCUUUGGACAUAAGACUAGCUCAAGUCCCUAAAAUGCUUUCAGUCUUGAGAACAAAUUGGGCUCCAAAGGCUUUCUGCAUUUCCUUCAAGCUUGAGACAGACUCGAAGAUUCUGAUAGAGAAGGCUACAAAGGCUCUAGGAAAAUACAAAGUGCACGCUGUUGUAGCCAAUGAGCUAUCAACACGUAAGGAAGAGGUUGUGGUUGUUUCAAGCAGCGGCAAUGUUGUGGUGAGAUGCGACUCCGAUAAGCCUAAAUCUAUUGUUGAAGAUAAUCUCAUUCGUCUCAUCGUAGAUCGACACUCAACAUACAUCAAAGAAUCUCACCCUUGA